AAAAUACAUUUGAGACUUUACAGUUGGAAGGAAUGUUUGAAUAAAGAGGAGAAAAAAAUUUUGUAAAAUUUUAUUUUUAAUAUUAAAAGAAAAUUUUAUUGAAAAAAUAAAAGAUGGCGAAGAGUAGUGCAAAAUAUCAGUACUAUGCUACAUUAUGUGCAAACAUAUUGUCAAUGUCAUAUGGAGCAUUUUGUGGUUGGCCAUCAUCAAGUUUCUUAGUUUUACAAUCAAAAGAUAGUCCAUUAGAUGGUGGUCCAAUGACUGAUGAACAAGCAUCUUGGGUAGGAUCUUUAUUAUGUGUUGGUGGUUUUGUUGGAAAUUAUUUGUUUGGAUGGUUAGCAAAUUUUUAUGGAAGAAAAAUUUCAAUGAUGCUAAUUGUAAUACCAACAUUGAUGAGUUUGGCUUUAAUAAUACUGGCUUCAAGUGUAGAAUAUCUUUAUGUUUCAAGAUUUCUAGGUGGAUUAGCUGGCGGCGCAACUUUUUGUAUAGUUCCAUUAUAUAUUACAGAAAUAUCAGAAGAUAGAAUUCGCGGUCAACUUGGAUCUUAUUUGGUUCUUUCAGCAAAUUUUGGAUUACUUGUUGCAUACGUUUUAGGAUGCUAUGUAGAUUAUGAUAUCUUUCCUUAUAUAUUAACAAUUUUUCCAAUUUUAUUCAUAAUUUUAUUUGCAUUUUUACCGGAAACUCCACCUCAGUUACUUAAAGUUAAAAAAAUUAAGGAAGCUGAGAUAUCCUUAAGAUAUUUUAGAAAUUUAAGAAAAAUUUCUAAAGAACCACCAGAAUAUUUUAAAUCUGAAUUAGAGAAAUUAAAACAUGAUUAUUUGGAUGAUCCUCAUAAGAGUAAAGGGGAUGAAAAUCAGUUAUCUUGGAAAGAUUUUACAACAAAACCAGCUUUAAAGGCUUUUGUUAUUGGAGUAGCUCUAAUGGCUUUAAAUCAAUUUUGUGGUUGUUUUGCAAUGAUUAAUUAUACAGCAACGAUAUUUGUUAAGGCUGGUUCAACAUUAUCUCCAAAUAUUUCAUCAAUUAUUGUUGCAUUAAUUCAACUUAUUGGAUCAUAUUUCUCGGUUAUUUUAGUUGAAAGAGCUGGAAGAAAAUUAUUAAUUGCUGGUUCUGCAUUUGGUACUGGAAUCGGACAUUUGUGUAUGGGAACUUUUAUAUUAUUAGAUAACAUGCCAGGAUAUGAUGUGUCCGGCUAUAGAUGGGUACCUCUUGCAUGCUUUUCAUUUAUAAUAUUUAUAGUAUCAUGGGGUGUAUCAACAUUACCAUUUUUACUAGUGUCUGAACUUUGUCCUCCAAAAAUUCGUGAAAUAGUUUUAAGUGUUUGUAUUUCAGUAUUAUGGUUUUUCGCGUUUUUCAUAAUUAAGUAUUUAUCGGUCAUUGUUGAUGCCAUGGGUUUACAUGGAGCAUUAUUCAUAUUUUCGGCUUGUUCAUUUACUGGAGGAAUAUUUGUUUUAGCAUUUGUUCCUGAAACAAAAGGAAAAAGUAUUGAUGAAAUUAUUGCAAUGUUAGAAUAAUUUCGAAAUUUUAAAUUAGUGAAAAAUUUUUGUGUAUAUUUUAUGAAAGUUGAAUAGACGGCGUAUUUUAUUUGACGUCUUACUAAUUCGAUAUAUAUAUAUAUAUAUAUAAUUAACGUUAGAAUGAAUUUAUAUAUUUUAAAUAAGAAAAAAAAAAAGAAAAUAAUUUAUUGUACAGGAAAUUUUCCUGAUAAGAAAAAUAAAAAAUUGU